UAUUAUCAAUCUGUACCACUUCUUACAAGCAUUUUCCAAGUAAUCUGAGCGCUUUGAAUCUGCUGCAAACAUGGCCAGUCUUGCCGAUGUGCUGCUGUCAAAGCGAGUUCAAGAAAUGGUCAUCAAUGGUGAAGAACCAGAGUCACUCUACAUCUGCAGAGAUGAAAAAGAAGCUGCAAAUGGCUCAUCCCCGUUAGCUCCUAUUCCCAUUAUCGACCUCAAUCUGCUCUCCUCCUCACAAUUAACCUCCAAAGCAGAAGAAGAAAAAGAAUUGCAGAAGCUUAAAUCAGCACUGUGCUCUUGGGGUUGCUUUCAGGCUAUAAAUCAUGGGAUAUCAAGUUGUUUCCUAGACGAAAUUCGGCAAGUGAGCAGGGAAUUCUUCCAACAGCCAAUGGAAGAGAAGAAAAAGUACAGCAAAGGAGUUGAAGAGUUUGAAGGAUAUGGAGGCGACCCUACCCCUGAAGAAGGUCAGUUCCUUGACUGGCAAGACCGUUUGUUUCUCACAGUUCAUCCUCAAGAUUUAAGGGUCGCCAAAUUUUGGCCCCAGAACCCCAAAUCUUUCAGGGAAGUUUUAGAAAAUUACACAUGUAAGAUGAGAAUGGUGACAGAGAGUGUUUCGAAAUCGAUGGCUAAGUCGCUGGGGUUGGAGGAAAAUUGUAUCCUGGAUGAAUUCGGCGAAGGAGCGGCGUUGCAGGCCAGGUUCAACUAUUACCCGUGUUGUCGGAGGCCUGAAAUUGUUCUUGGGUUGAAACCUCAUGCAGAUGGCACCGGUUACACCAUAAUCUUGCAAGAUGAAGUUGAAGGCCUUCAAAUUCUCCAAAAUCAGCAUUGGUUUACAGUCCCCACUCUACCUGAAGCACUCCUAAUCCUCAUGGGUGAUCAAAUGGAGAUAAUGACAAAUGGGAUAUGGAAGAGCCCGGUUCAUAGGGUAGUAAGCCACAUGGAGAAGGAGAGGACGUCGAUUGCAGUUUUCUACACCCCACAAAAACACAAAGAGAUCGGACCCUUAGAUGGUCUGGUGAAUGAGGAAACACCACCGCUUUUCAACAAGGUUCAAGAUUACGAAAUCACACAUUGGGAGUAUUACCAGAGAGGAAUGAGAGCUCUUCAUACUGCACGAGUUUAAAUUACGUGUUGUCUCUUUAUGUUUUACAUGUAUUCAAG